AUGAAAAAAAAUUUCUUCUACUAAACAUCCCCUUAAUUGUUUGAUAAAUACCUCACUAAAUACUUCGCUGACACUCACUAAGACAUUACAUUAACAACUCUUAAUUAUUUAAAAAAUAUUGUAUUAGAAUCCCAUAUUAGGGAGGUUGAUGUAAAUUUUGAAAAAGGAAAUUAUGUGCAAUUUCUCGAAACCUUGAGGAGUAUCAAUCUUAUUUACUCAAAAGCAUAUGACACUAAAUUUGUUUCUAAUUAUGACGUGGAAACAAACUAUAAAUUGGGUGCAUUAAUUUAAUUUCACUUGUAUUAAUGACAGAGGAGAAUAUGAGUUUGAGAUCAUUAAAAAGAUCACAGAAGAGAUCUCCAAUAAACUUAAUCGACAUCUCUUGCAUAUUGCCUGUUAUCCUGUUGGAUUGCAAGCUCGGGUGCAACGUAUACAAGAACUUAUGAAUGCUCAGUUUGAUAACAAAGUGAUCAUGCUUGGGAUUCAUGGAAUGGGUGGAAUAGGAAAAUCAACGCUUGCCCGUGCUAUAUAUAAUUUGAGAGCAAAUCAAUUUGAAAGUUCUUGCUUUCUUGCUAAUGUUAGAGAAAAGUCAAUUAAGCAUGGUCUAGUGCAUAUUCAAGAGACAAUACUUUCUGAAUUAGUUGAGUGAAGAGAUAUCAAGUUGGGAGAUGUACAUCGAGGAAUUCCAACACUACAAAAAAGACUCUGUCGAAAGAAAGUCCUUCUUGUGGUUGAUGAUAUUGACAAAAAAGAACAAUUACAAGCAACUGCUGGAGGACUGAAUUGGUUUGGCCCUGGUAGUAUCAUCAUUAUAACAACAAGGGAUAAACGUUUGUUAGAUACUCAUGAAAUCAAAAACUUAUACGAGGUUGAAAAAUAGAAUGAUAUUCAAUCUCUUGAAUUGUUUAGUUGGAAUGCUUUUAAAAACAACAAAGGCGACCCAAAUAAAAUGGAACUCAUAAAGCGUGCAUUAUAUUGUGCCGGUGGCCUUCCUUUGGCUUUGGAAAUAAUAGGCUCAAACUUUGUGGAUAAAACAUUAGAUGAAGAAUGGGAUUCUGUGUUAAAAACAUAUGAGAGAUUUCCAAAUAGAGAUAUUCAGGAAAUUCUUAGAGUUAGCUAUGAUAGUUUGGAUACUAAUGAGAGAGAAAUAUUUCUUGACAUAGCUUGCUUCUUUAGUGGAUACACUCUAAGAAAAAUCUAGAGGCAAGAGGCUUUCAACCAAAAUUUGGUAUUAGAGUGCUUCAAGAAAAAUCUCUGAUAAAUAUUGAUUUAUUUUCUGGAAAUUGUGACGAUCAAAUUGUGAUAAUGCAUGACUUGGUUCGAUCUAUGGGAAAAGAAAUGGUUAGAGAACAAUCAAAUUUGCCAGAGAAAAGAAAUAGGUUGUGGUUUUUUUGAGGACAUUGUUCGUGCUUUGGACAAAAACACGGAAAAUGAAAUUGAAGUCAUGAUGUUAGACAUGCCAAAAUAUCUAAAAGUUCAAUGGAAUCAAACGGUGUAUAGAAAAAUGAAAAAUCUACAAAUGAUGCUCGUAAAAAGUAGUGUUGCCUCUCUUAGAAUGCCUAAGGAUCUCCCAAACAGUUUGAGGGUGCUGGAAUGGUGGGGAUACCCUGGAGCUUCUUUACCAUCUAAUUUUCAUUUGAAGAAUCUUGUCAUACUCAACUUGUCAUACAGUUGCUUUCGAUGGGACAAACCACUUGAGAAUUCGAAGAUGUUGAGACAGUUGGUUCUUAAAGGUUGUAAGAACAUAAGACGAGUUCCAGACAUGUCUGGUUUGCCCAAUUUGACAGAAUUAUGUCUUGCUGAAUGCACAAAUUUGAUUAAAAUUCAUGAUUCAGUAGGGUUUUUACAUAAUCUUCAAUUGUUUUGUAGUAAUCUCUUGAACAUCUUUGCAUUAAGGAUUGCAGUAAUCCCACGUCGCAUAAAGUUGACAUCUCUUGAACAUCUUUGCAUUAAGGAUUGCAGUAAUCUUGUUAUGUUGCCCGAAAUAUUGGCACCAAUGCAGAAACUAAAAUAUGUUGACUUGGAAGGAACUUCCAUAAAAAAUCUGCCACGUUCAAUUCAGAAUCUUAAAGGCCUUCAAAUCUUAUCCAUGAAUAGAUGCAAAAUGCUUGAAGUUAAUGGGCGUUCCAAUGUCGUUCAAAUGCUGCCAAAAUUAUUUCCCUAUUUGAAAGAAUUAUUGUUAAAUGAAUCAAGUUUGACAAUAAUUCCUGCAUGCAUUGAAGAGUGUCACUCCUUGGAUACUCUAAGUCUGUAUAACUGCAAGAAGCUUCGAGAAAUAAGAGGCCUUCCGCCAAACAUGGCUAGACUAGGGGCAGAAAACAGUCUUGUGGAAGUAGAUUCAUCAACUUUAAACAUGUUAGUCAGACGGGUUAGUCUCUCUUCUAUAAUUGUCUCCACAAUUACUUGCUUGAAAAAUGCAAACAACGUAUCUCAAACUAACACUCUCUCCUGUUGGUAAAUUUGCGCGCUUGUUUCUCAUUGACUAAUUCUCAUCACCAAAUUAGUAAUAUGGACAUGAAUUUCAAUUAACAAAAGAGGGUGUGUAAUAGUGUGUUGCUAGAGCACUAGUACUCUUCUUAGUUAUGUUGUUUUCCAAACUCACAAAAUGGCAUGUUUGACAGGCAAUUAAUUCUUCUGGAAUAAAUACAUAUGUUUUGCCAGGUCAUCGGGUCCCAUAAUGGUUUGAUCACUCUACCUACGGAAACUCUCUAUGUUUCUGGUUUCGUAAUAAAUUGCCAUCUUUCACUGUGUGCGGUGUUUUAGGAGUUUGUGAGAAUACCGAGCUUCGUUUUAUUUUGGAAUUAAUUUAUUUAGUUAGAAUCAAUGAUGUUGACACGUGUGUUGCUUCAUUGAAUGGUGUGAGACAUUUAGCCUGGGGGAAAGUUGAGAAAGACCUUUUAAUAAUGAUCAAUCUUGAAAGUUGUUUUCACCAUCCAAUGGAUAACCACAGUAGAAGAACAAUUAACACAAAUGAGUGGAUUUAUGGGAAUAUUUCGUUUGUGACAACACCGAUGGAAAAUGAUGCUAAAUGAAAUGAUAUUUGGUCUAUCAGAUCAAGCAACUAAUGAUUUUGCUGGAAUAUUUCAUAGUUCUACUGUAAGUAGAGGAGUUCGGGUUGAAUCUAACAAACAUGAUUGUGCAUUUCAAACAUCUUUUCCAGACAUCUCAGAUGAUGAUCUUCGUGAAACUGCAUAUGAGAUCCUCUUGGCUUGUGUCAGAGCCACAGGGUAUGCUGUCAAUAUAUGUUUGCUUCAGGGGAUGUCUUUUCCUUGUUUAUGCGUAUUCUGUUCUUUAUGUUAAAACUUUGAUCUGUUUCUUGUUUAUCAGGAGUCUGAUUGUCCCAUCAAAAGAAAAAAAGAAAGUCUUAGUAAAAGAAAUUGUCAUUCUUAUUGA